GUCUCGGCCCCUCGGCCCAGUUCACAGGCCACUGCUUGGUUCCCUCCGCAGCCCUCGGGCAGGCGCUCUCAGCGGGCAGCGUGGGUCCCUCCCGAGGGGAGGACUGAGUCAGGCCAGGGGGCGCGUCCGAGCUGCUUCCUCAAAGUAUAAAAGCAGGGCCCUUGGUGCGGCAGGGCUUGGACAUGCGCCCUGUGGCCCUGGGGUCCCCAGCUGGGCACCGCUUCACACCUGGCCCCGGCUGUUCCGCUCCAUGGACCAGGCCUGUGGCCAGUCCCCCGCCAGGGCCCCCCAGUCACCGGUCAUCGGCGGGGGGGGGGGAGCUGCUGCCUCACUGCGCUGCCCCCGCGGCCCCUCCUGGGCUUCAGGGCUUCCUGGGCCGCUGAGCAGAGGCGUGGCCUGUCAGCUCACCUUUCCUGAGGCCCAGCCACGCCCACCUAGAGCGGGCCUCCACACUAAGCCCGUGUCCCGCAAGACCCUCUCUGCCCACAUGUGACUCCAGUCAGCACGGCCCGGCACCCACCCAGGCCACAGGGCCAUCCGCCAGGGCCUCCUGGGUGCCAGAGAGAGCAGGCAGACAUCCUGGAAGUGCCUGCUCGGGGCCCAGAGCAGAGCGGGGCGUCUUCUCCGGAAUUCAAGGCGGCAGGAGAGCUGCCCUGGGGCGCUCGGGCCAGCGCCGCACGCUCUGCACUCACGUCAGCGUCCACCUUGGAGCCAGGCGGCCAUCGGUUUUCCUCUCGCGGUGUCUCCGCUCCUCCCCGCCGGAGCCUGGAGCACACAGCUCUUCAAUGCCAUGCGGCGAGCCGACGACCCCUCCCAAGAGCCUCCCACCCAGCACAGCCGGGGGAGCUCCUACCCGAGGGGCACACAGCGUGACCACGGGGUGGCUGAGCCUUCCCAGGGCUGGAAGUUGGCGAGUCUGGGAGAACGUCUUCUUGAGAGAUAAUUAUUGGAACCCAGAGAGGGUCUUGGAAGAAAACUAUCAGUUCUUCUAUGCACAGGAACAUCUGUGAUGAGUGACAGUCACUCCAGUUGAGGAUCAAGGAAGAGAGGGGGCUCUAGAGACAGCUGAGCCCUCAGAAACGGGUGCGAGUGGGACAGAACCGCAAAACGGCUCCGUGCCCUGGGCCUCCCCUGGAGACAAAACCGCUACUUCCACGUCCAGCAGCCCCGAGCAGGGCUCGCCCCGCCUGCCCCGUUGGAGGUGGCCGCCCUAUCACCAUGCCCUUCUGAUGGGCCAGCUUGAGGUCAGUGGCAGUGCCGCUGCCCAGGUACCACAGGGGGACGCCAGCUUGUCUGACCAUGAACCUCUGGCCUUGGGGCCUUAGCCUGGUUCCCUCCAGAGGGCAAGGCCACUGGGGUCCGAGAAGGGACCCUCUGUGCUGCAGAAGUGGUGACCUCGGCUUUGCUCCCUUAAAGGCUCCCCUCAGCCCCGGUGCCCCACGUGCGGCGGGUGGGCAGGGAGGCCUGAGAGCUUCCCCAUCACACAAAGCAGCAGCCCCGGCAGGCCUCGCGCAGGCCAGCUCGUUCAUCGGGCCCAACUGCCCGACUUCCUGGUCCUCUCACGUUCUCUGAAAGAAGCAUGAUUUUUGAGCUCCAGCCUCUCCCAAGGCUACCCUCCUGUGCCGUGCACGCAGCCAAACCUGCAGAGAAAGACCCUGAGCAGGUGCUUCAGUGUCAGGGGCAACGUUCUGAGCCAGCUGAGCCCCCCGCCCCGGCCCACGGAGAUGACCUCCACCCUGGAGUCUCAGGCCGGCGGUGCCCUCCCGUGGGUGAGGUACCCUCCGCUCUGCCAGGCUGGCCGCCCUCCUCUCUCCUCUCCGCUGCUGGCCCCAAGCCUGGAACCACCCUGGCCCGAAGCUAAAGACCUCUCCAUCCCCUCGAACAAGACUGGCCAGAUGCCUGCUGCAUAGCAUCCACGCCGGGACCAGGCAGGGGAGCGGACGCUGUGAGGCCGCCGUGCUUGCAGGGCCAAGGCUGCUGCUUCAGGAGCAUAAUCAGAAACAAGACAGACAAAACCCUCAGACGGCGGGGAUGCAAAUCACCUUUAGAUCAGUAAUUCACCCCCUUACAGGAGGAACAGGAUAAAGCUGUAACUGGACCACCGUGGACAGCCCGAGGCACGCGCCAGCGCCGGCCUGCGGAGCUGCUUCCCGCUUCUCUGCCGGGCCGGGACACUGGUGCCGACCAGCCCGCUCCCCUGGCCCGGGGCGACACACCGGCCGAGCAGCCCGCCAUGUGGAGCUGCCCACUCAACGGCACGGGCGGCGAGGACCAGCUCCCCUGCCAGCACGUCCAGCGGGCCCUGUCCGCCCUCUCGCUGCUCUACCUGCUUGUCGGCGUCCCCCUCGGCCUCGGCUACAACGCCCUGCUGCUGCUGGCCAACCUGCACGACCCGGGCGGCAUGACCAUGCCCGACGUCUACUUCGCCAACAUGGCCGCGGCCGGCCUGGUCCUCAGCGCCCUGGCGCCUGCGCACCUGCUGGGCCCUGGCGCUGCCGGCUGGGCCGCGUGGGACGUGGGCAGCGAGGUCCACGUCACGCUGCUGGUGCUGUUCAACGUGGCGGCGCUGGUGAGCCUGUACUCCGCGGCGCUGCUGGCCCUCGACUGCUACAUCGAGCGGGCGCUGCCGCGCACCUACAUGUCGAGCGUCUACAACACCAGGCACGUGUGCGGCUUCGUGUGGGGCGGGGCCCUGCUCACCGGCUUCUCCUCCCUGCUCUUCUACGUGUGCAGCCGCGUGGCCGCCAGGCUGGCCGAGUGCUCCCAGGUGCGGGACACGGAGGCGGCCGACGCCAUCAUGCUGCUCAGCGGGUACCUGGUGCCCGGCCUGGCCGCGCUGUACGCGCUCGCGCUCCUCACGCGGAUCCGGAAGGAGGACACGCCGCUCGAGCGGGACGCGGGCCAGCCGGACCCCUCGGCGCACAGGCUGCUGGUGGCCACCGUGUGUGCGCAGUUCGGGCUCUGGACGCCCCACUACCUGACGCUCCUGGGGCGCACGCUCCUGGCUGCGCGGGGGAGGCUAGUGGACGGGCACCACCUGGGGACGCUGCUGCUCGCCAAGGACCUGUCCAGGUUCCUGGCCUUCGCCAGCAGCGCUGUGGUGCCGCUUCUUUACCGCCACAUCGACAGAAACUUCCCCGGCAAACUCCGGCGGCUGAUGAAGAAGCUGCAACGUGGGCACCAGAGCUGCUCCUUGGACGAAGCGGGGGCACAGCCGGCGAUGGCGUAGACGCUGCUCCACGGGCCUCGGCCCGCCGAGGGGCAGACAGCGCGUGGCAGAGGCACAGCCCGCAGUGACCGGGUCCCGUGCCCGCUGCUCCCUCCCUCCCGGGUCUGGCGUCCAGGAGACUUGCUGGCCCUGCAUCACCCGCUCCCUCCCUCCCUCUCCCCAGGAGACCAGGCAGAACCAGGCGAGUCCUCCCAUGAGAAGCCACCCUCAGGCCAAGGCCAUGAUGUCCGAGCAGCAGGUGCCAGGUGUGAGGAUGAGCUGUGCCAUCGGGGCACCUGGCCGCCGGCGGGGUGCGUGCCUGUCUCCUACGGGCACCUUUCAGGUCCACGCCUGCAGCAGCCUGCUUCCCUCAGCCUCAUGUCUGGCUUUCAAAUGAGUGAUGAAAAUCUAUCGCCACUAUUUAUACUUUGUAUUGUUAAAAUACUCCAUCCCCGCACCCUCUUGUUUUGUUGUUUAUGAAGAGACGUUUGGUAGGAAAGUCAGAAGGUAUUAAAAUGAAGGACACACGGAAGCGCGCUCGGAGGGUGGGUGGGUGGUGGGCUCGCGGGGCCGGGGCUGCUGGCGACUUGCGUCCACGUGGACGUGGUGGGAGGAGAGUGAGACGGGGCCUCUCCUGCCCCCAGGUGUGCCCCCGGGUCACGUCCACUGUCGCCGGGCCAGUGUGGGUCUGUCCUAAACAAGGCCCCAGAGUGUGCACGAGAGUAAAUAAACCGCAGGGAGAAAAGUGCUGUUAGGAUUUCUAACCUAACCCGAAAGCCGAUGGGACUGCCCACGGGAAAGGGAUUGGGACGGGCGGGCGUCACCAGGGCCACAAGGGUGCUGCCUGCUCCCGGGACAGACAGACGGACGGUGCAGACCAGACGACCUGACCAGACGGGGCGGGGCGCAGAGGAGCCUCCCUUCCCCCACGCCAAGUCUUCACGAAGAAAUUACCGCCCCACAACCCUCUGACCCUCAGUUCUGAAACCCCCAAACUCCCUAGAAACAAAGAUUCGUUUUUCAAGUUCGCAGCAAAGGUACGAGGGUACCUUUCUGAGGAAAGAUGAAUGUGACGGUGGGCGCUGCCCCAUCCCCUGCGCUUCUGCCACAUAAAUACACGUAUGUUCACUUCUGACCGCCCAGCUGCCCCGAAGAG